GGGGGUGCCGGGGGCGCCUUCUUCUUAUGCAUAUUUCCGUCGAGCCGGGAGUAGGUAGGGGGGCGGGGACCCCAGGACCGCCCUCCCUCGUCAGUUCACUUCCGGCUAGGCCCGGUCCCCAGGUGGACGCCCCGCCUCUCGCCGUGCCAGCGGGCACCAGACGCGCCGGCGCGGGAGAACGGAAGGCCGGACUACAACUCCCGACAAGCACUCUGCCCCUCUUUCCGCGAGAAUUCAAUACGUGGGCGAACAUUCACGCAUGCGCGCCUGGCCCAGUUUGCCUGCUUUGGACCUGGGGGGUGUUGGGAUUGGGCGGGAAAGCGAGGCCCACGCGAGGUCAGAGGCGGGUUUCCUCUCAGAUUUCUAGAAGGAGGGUCAAAAUGCCCAAGAGGAGGAAGCCACAGAUUUCAGGAGAUGCGAACCAUCUUCUUAAAUCCAAAAAGACCUCAAGGAAAGAAAAUAUUGACAUGAAGUCUGAGAAUUCUGGAAUGGGAAGAUACUUUAAUUUGGAAGAUUCAGAAAUAGCAACAGUCACUAAACAAGAUGGAAAAGACAGUAGCCAAGCAGAUAUCAGUUCAGUUGAUGAAAGAACAGAUGAUCCUACCAAGGAACCUAGGCAACCAAGAAAGGACCAAAUUCCUUUUUCUUUUUCCCAGAACUCAGAAAUGAAGUUUGUCCCAGUGUUUCCACAAUCAAAGAAAUCUUUGACACAAAAAACUGAGAGAAAGAAAGAAACUUCUAGGAGUAAGAAUACUAAACAGAUAAUGUUUCUGGAAUCUAAUUAUCAGAAGGCAGAAAAUAUUCGAUUUGAUGAGCCUUUGGUAGCAGCUAUCCAGGAAGACAGGAAGUUGGAAGAUCAAAAGCAAAAGGAAUUUUUGAUUACUGAAAUGAAUGAUGUUGGUAGUGGGAGAGUUCUACUUUUUCAGGAGCAUGACAGCCAAAAUCCCUUGAAGCCCACAGAUGGAAACCAUUAUAUUGUUGCUGGUACAUUCAACAAUACUCCUCAGGAGAUGGGAAGUAUAACCCUUGUGCAAGAAAGAACUAACAAAGAGUAUCUUUCAGAAGAAAUGACAAAUACUUUGAAUGGCAAAAAUCCAGAAAGCAAGAAUUUAGAAUCUGACUCCCUUGAUGAAAUGGAAAUGAACAGAAUACCGAUGUAUGAAAAUUUGCCUGUAGGCAGCCACAGCCAAAAAGAAGCAGCCCAAUUAAGCAAUAAUACUUCAAAAAUACAACAGAAGAGACCUCUAUUAGACAGAAAAGCCACCCACAAAGGUGAUAUUGCUCCAGAGGAAGUAGGAAUUUCAACCACAUACAAGUUUAUAGAAGGUUUAGAUAGUGAUGACUUCCCUGAAGGACAAGAAAAGAGGGAAGAAAGUAGCUUGCCCAUGAUUCCAUCAGAUUAUAACUUAUCAUCUGCUAGAGAACAAAGUACAGACAAGCAGGAUCUUCGGGACAAUGCUAUAGAACAGGGGUGCCUUGAUAAUAUGCCACAAUCCAACAAGACAAACCAAAAUGCAAAAUUCAGCCAUGACAGCCGAGAGUCCAAGAUGUUUAGAGAAGAAUGUCUUAGCAACUCAUUUUUCACAGAUACUGACUCAAAAGUAAUCACAUUUAUUUCUGAAUCCAAAGGGAUGGCACAGGUUACUAAGACUAGCCAGCCUAUCAAUGGAAACACUGGAGUCCCUUCCUUUUAUAGUAGGAACUCUUCUGUCAAGGUCUUGCUGGAAGGAACUCUUUAUACUGAAAAGGAUAGAGAAGAGGCAAGACAUGAAAGUGAGCCAUCUGAAGACAUUAGGGUGGUCUCAGACAAUUCAGCUUCUAUUGUAUUGACUCCUAAGGAUCUUAUACCUAAGAUUGAACACAAAGAUACCAUAGUUCUAGCCCCGGAAAAAGAGAAUUUAUAUCCAAUUGUGGAACAGAAACAGGUAACUACCAGCACUGAUCAAAAGGAAGUGAGUCAGCUUUCAGGGACAAGCAUCACAUCACCUUGGUUGAUAGAUUUGGUGGAUGAAAAGGAACCUAGCUUAAGUAACAUCAGUGGAAGAAAUGAGCAAAACCUUGGUAUCAAGGAAAGCAAUCUGUCAGUUAGUACUGCCUGUUUGUUCAUGGGGAAAGAGAUAAUAGCUGAUCCUGUCAAAGAAACUGAGACCAAUGUUAGCAGUCGAAAAUCCCCUUCUGUGGAAAAGAAAGGUUUGUCUGAAAGAAGAUCUAAUUCUGAAGAUCAUAGUGAUUGGGGAGAAUCCUUAGCUCUGGAACUGGAUUUUUUGCCAGACAGCCAGAUACGUGACGCUCUUGAUGAUCCUAACUUUGGAUUUUCAUCUGAGCAAGCAUCUCCUGUGGAAAGCCCAUUAGUUCCCUCCUUGCCUGGCAAAAAUCCCCACCUUGAUGAAGAACAAGUUCAAUCAAAGGCUCCAAUGGUCCGAAAAAGCACCUCUUCCUACAAAAAGGUACAGCCCAGGGAUGAGAUGGCAGAAGGCAUCUGUGACCCCCCAAAAGAAGACGCAACAGCUAUUAUCUGUGGCCUGACUGUUGAGCUUUCUAACCUCAACCGACUGAUCAUGAGCACUCACAGAGACCUGGAAUCUUUCAGACGCCUAAAGCACCGAAAGGGAAAAGCAGCUGGGAAGCUGCCCAACUACCAGUUUCCCUUUCCCCCAAAUGGAAUGACAUAUUGCUCCCAUGCUGUGAAAAAAUGGAAAGAGAAGUAAGGCUAUAAGACCACUUGAGAAAGACAAUUCAGGUGGCUUGGUUCUCAGAGCCUUUUCAAGGUUUAUAUAUUUUUCUUUCCUUCCAGGUAUUUGAAGGUCUUGCAAAGUGAAGUGUUUAAAUUAGACCAUCUGAAGCAACUGUUUUCUCUCUUUCUCUGAAAUAUGUUUAAAAGGCCUCUCAACAGUCUUUGGUAAAAAAACAAAACAAAACAGUACAGCCUGAGAAUAGUUUUCUGGGACCAUUCUCAAUUAUUAUUUUCCUCUCCAAGAUCUAAGUGAUAAAAUUGGUCUUUAGGGGCAUCAAAAUAUCUCUGGAUUACUCUCUUCAGUUACUAAGAGUGGGGCCUUAAUGCUUUCUUGAGAAACUAAAAGUUAUUGUUGCUAUACAAGAUGAAAACAAACUAAAAUUGUAAAGAGAAGAAAGAUUCUUGGCCUUAUCCAGGAGUUCUUCUCUAAAGCUUUUCUUAUUUAUAAAGGAAGUUUUGAUUGUAAUUUGUAGCUUGAGCCAAAUAACAUUAUUAGUUUCUGGAGUGAAAGCCCAGACCAUUCAAGUCCAACUGAUGUCUCUUAAUGGGAAGGCUUGUUCUAUUUUUUUUGCAAAUGAAGGGAAUCCCAGUGGUCUUGGGAAUAAACCCAAAGGACCAGUGAGAAUACAAGAUGUUUAUUUUGAUUUGCAAAUUUCAGGUCAUUUGGUUGAAGUUAUUGAAGGUUCAGUAUUUGUGUCUUUCCUAGAAAAGGAAAAGGCACUCUUUGUUUGUUAGCUCUUUGCCCAUCCCUUGAUUUCCAUAUAGUUCUCCCUUAAAACAACAUUAAUAAAUGAGAAUCUUUAAGUAA